UUCCUCUGCCGGGAGCGCGCAUCAGUCAUGCCUCAUCCACCGCGCGCCUCGCUUGCGUCGGAGGGCAAAAGAAGAAUUUUGUCUUUUAUUCUGUAAUUAUCUCACUGUCGCUCCGCUCGGCGCUGUUUCCAAAGAAAAAACGAUGUUUGUUCUUUAAACGAGCCAAAACGGCUCGAUAUUCUUUUUUAUGUUUUUGCCGUCCUGUGAAUGAAACAAAAAGACUGGCAAGACAAGGAGUAACUGGCUCCAGCUGCGGUGCUGUGGUGGGUUUCCUUUUUCUUUGUAGGUCAUUCUCUUAACUUAAUGCUGUCGACACUCCCGUCACUCUAUACAGCCUGAGGAUUUAAACGCAGGAAAGCCACUUUAAGGCACUUGAACUGACGAGACGAGGCGACCGCCUUUCAUUCUUGUGGGGGGAAAAAAAGAGCUGCUAGGAGACUGAUCAUCCUGUGGAGGGAAAAAAAAGGUUUAUGCAUGUAAAAGAACUGGCUCAGCUCUGCCAGCCCUCUUUUCUGACAUCCCACUGUGUCGCUCCACAACCACCACAUUUGCCUGCUGUCCUCAACCCAUGGAGAGUACACGCCCACCCAGAUAGGAUGCUGGCCUCGUCCGACGCGCUGCGUCCCCUCCUGCCCAUCGCCACCACCUCCUUCUCCUUACGUGUACCUGCUCUUGCCGACGGCUCCUCCCAGCCCUUCAGGCCGCGCCCCGCCCCGCACCAACAUGGUGGAUGAGAUGACCACUAUGAAGGAUGACAUCAUCAAUGCCAACACGCUGGCUUGGCUGGUCUGCUCGGGCGUGUCCAUCCUGGCCAACACUUGGAGCAUUCUUAGCGUCAGUGCUAAGCAGAAGAAGUGGAAACCGCUGGAGUUCCUCAUCUGCACCCUGGCAGGGACACACAUUCUCAACAUGGCCAUCCCCAUCACCAUGUACUGUGUCAUAACGCUGCGGCGGCAGCACUCUAACUACGAGUGGAACGAGGGUCUGUGCAAGGUGUUUGUCUCUACCUUUUACACGCUAACAUUGGUCACCUGCUUCUCGGUCACCUCGCUCUCCUAUCACCGCAUGUGGAUGGUCCGCUGGCCAGUGAACUACAGGUUGAGUAACACCAAAAAGCAGGCGGUUCACACAGUGAUGGGUAUCUGGAUGGUGUCCUUCAUCCUGUCCACGCUCCCAGCAGUGGGCUGGCACGACACCAUCGAUCGCUUCUACACCUCCGACUGCAGAUUCAUUGUGACAGAGAUCGGCCUGGGCUUCGGCGUGUGCUUCCUGCUGCUCAUCGGUGGCAGCGUGGCCAUGGGCGUGAUCUGCAUCGGCAUUGCUCUCUUCCAGACCUUCUCCAUUCAGGCGGGCCAUAACGCCGACAAGAACAAGUUCAAUGUCCCGACCAUCGUGGUGGAGGAUGCUCAGGGGAAGCGCAGAUCAUCCAUUGACGGAUCAGAGCCUCUCAAGACUUCGCUGCAGAUCACUUACCUGAUCAGUGGCAUCGUCUUCAUCUACGACUUCCUGACUGGUUUCCCCAUACUGGUGGUGAGCUUUGCCAGUCUGAAGUUCGACCGCUCCUAUAACUGGAUGGUGCUGUGUGUGCUGUGGUGCUCCAUCGCUCAGUCCAUUUUGCUGCCCAUGUUCCUCUGGGCUUGCGACCGUUACCGGGCCGACAUCCGUAUGGUGUGGGAGAAGUGUGUCGCCAUCAUGUCCAACGAUGAAGUGGAUGAGGAAAACAGCCAAGAUGGAGGAAUUCAUGCCGACUUAAUAUAUGACAGACCAUAUGACUAUAGCUCGGCGCCUGAAAUCGUGACGAUAGACCGUAAUGCCAAGUUUGAGUUCUCAACCUUAGAAAGGGGGGUUCUGCAAGGGUAUCCAUUGAGGGAACAACAGGAAGAUAAAAUGCAGUAUUUGCAGGUGCCCCCUACAAGAAGAUACUCCCACGACGAAACAGACAUGUGGACCAGCGACCAGAUCCCCUCAUACCUGCAUCGAUGGGGCUCCACCGAGGACGUGAUAGUGACUGCCCACUACAGCUCCACCUUGCCGCGCCGCGAGAGGCGCAGGAGCAGCCUGGUCUCCUACCACGAGGAGAGCCACUAUCAUCACCACCCUCACCGCAAGCGGCGGCGAUCUGAGGACAGCAUGCACUCCCUCAGGCACCUGCCCCGCAUCGUGUGCGGCGGGGAGCGCUACGAGGACGAGCUGUGGUGCUUCAGCCGCGACGAGGUGAUUAACUUUAUAGACGAGACUCCCGUGCCGAGCCCCAGGAGGAGCCCGCGCCGCACGUCCACCGUCUCCCUCAUCCCCAACGUGUACGAGCAGCACGCCAUCAUCCUUCCCCACUUUCCACUCACAGACUUUGAGCGGGAGCCCCAGGCACUCAGGCGGACCUCUGAGCACAAGAGGAGCAGCAGCAGCAGGGGCAACUCGCCAGAGGGCUCCCCCAAACCGGAUCGGUCCCCUGGUAAGAUGAGCCACGGGGCUUGUGGCUCAGGGAAGGGCUGCAGUAAAGGCCAGCGUGACGGGGGACAGCAGGACAGAGGGGGCUCACCCCGACGCAGAGAGAGGACUGCAGGGCACUCUGGCAGCAGGCACAGGACAGGUGAAGGUGCCGUGUCCAAUGCUGGAGCUGAUUGGCUGAAGCAAAAGCACCUCAUCAAGGCUGAGAGUAAAGGCAGCACAAACAGUUUCCUAAGCACACCUUCAGCAUCGUCCUCGGGAUACAUUACCUUUCACUCUGAUUCUGUUGGCUCCACCACCUGAAGGAAAGCACCCAUGUUGAUAUAAAUAGUAGGACCUAAUAUCUAAUUGAAAACCUCGGUGGGUUAAGAGAAGUGACAGGCUGGAACAUAUCGACCUUUUUACUUGUGCCAUUAUUCAGUUUUCUUACCUACCAGAGAUAAGCAUCUGCUAAUCCUAGAUGGCCUUAGGAACUUUGGACCUAUUUUUUGACAGGGCCUUGAUUUCAUGUGUGGGCUGGUGACAAUAUUGAUCAAUCCAGCUAUUUAUCUGUCACAAAGCAAAAUCUCCAGUGACAAACACUUUUCUGCCAGCACUGACACAAGGGAACAAUUUUUAAUUGGUGUGAUCAUUCCUGAACCUUGUUUCUGUCGUUUGGCGCUUAUAGGAGGAUAAAAUAUUUUCAUGUGGAUUGGUAAGGAUUUUUUUUAUUAUGUUUUCUUUUGUCUUCUUUUAAAAUCUUGAACUUGAGUUGUGUUUUACUUGGCCUGUAAUGUAUUUUUGUUGUGUGGUACGAACACAAGCUUUCCUGAAUACAGUUCAUUUUCCUUCAGCUUUGCUUAAGUGCAGGACUCAUUUCAACUUCUUUCGUUUUUAAAUUACCAGUCACCACAUAAAACCUUUUAUAAAACAUUUUUCACAUAAAAUGGAAAAUGAGUUUUAAUCCCUCUCCAUUAUUUGCCUAAUUAACGGUUUCUGUGAUCUUUUGAAAACGUGACGACCCAUCCUUUAUAAAAAAGUAAAGAGUUAUUUUUAAAAUAGAAUUCAGAUGUUAUGUAAAUAUGAAAACCAUUGAAUAUUUAUGUUUUGGGGAAUUUCUGUUUAUAUGAAAUAUUUCCUCCCAAAGGUUUAUCUUACUUGACUUUGGUGAUAAUGAGGCACAGAUGUAGCUCAUUACACAACAAACUGCUUUUAAGACAAAUAUGCAAGUUGUGUUUUCUACUCCCCCUGCUGAUGCUCAAUAAUCUGACUUCACACCAUGCUUUGAUUCAGAUGCACUAUACAUUUAGUUAUUUCACAUAAAUUUAAAAAGAUGAAAAGCACAAAUUAUGAACCAUAACAUUCAGCUUAUAAGUGACCUGGUUCUCCUGGGUGACAUGUGAAAAUGAAUGGGCUUUGGAAGGUUUUGUCAGGCUAAUGUUUCUUUUGCUUAAUUGACCGGGCUCUGCAAAAAUAAAGUGAAGAUUAAAUCAAAGUAAACCCCUAUAAUUUUUUAGAGGGAUGCUGUAGCGCCUUGCAGAGACUCACAUCUUAUCUCAUUACAACCACAAACCUCAGUGUAUUUUAUUUUUUUAAGAAAGACCAACAGGAAGGCCAAACAUGCGAAGAUUUUCCUCCUGGACUGCCCUGUUUUUAGCACCAUGCAUCUUGAGGUAAAAACGCUCAAACAGCAUAAUGCCGCCACCAUAACGUCUCACUGUGAACAUUGUGUGUUCAGCAGAACGUGAUGUGUUAAUAUUCUGCCACAAAUGGUGUUUUUCCACACAAGUAAAAUAAAAAAGUUAAAAAUCUAAUUAGUUCCCAUCAGAACAAGACUUUCUUUAGACAUUACAGUUCUUAUCAAUCUGCAGUCUUCUUCUGAAGGCAGCUGGGAGCACUGGAUUUUACUUACGGGUGUCAAAGUAUUAAGGGACCUGAAAUGCAUACCAAAUUUUUAGAUUAUAAUUCAUGUAACAGAAAUUUAAAAAUGUCAGUCAUUGUCCAUCCACUUAACAUUUACACACUACUUUGUGUUGAUCUGUUGGACAAAAUUUCAUAAAACUAAGUUUACUUCUGUGGUUGUAAUGUGGUAAAGUGUCUUUAAACCUCCUCAAGGGGUGGGAAUGCUUUCACAAGUGACUUGACGAUCUACGUUUCUUAUUUUAAAUUCAAAUUUUCAGAAAGUAAAAUGCACAAUAAUUUCUAACAUAGCAAAACCUUUACUAAAAAUCAACCAUGUGUUUCUGCAAAAUUCCAAAUAAAUCAGCAAACUACAUUUCAUCUCUUCCAAAGUGAUAAUUUGCUAAACUAAUGCAAUGAAGACAGUAAGUAGAAGACCCAGUUGGGAGCUUUGGGUGCUUGUGGAUAGUAACUGUGAAUGUGAAUGUAUUUGCACUAAUAAAGUGCAGCUUAUUAAGUAGGCAUGAAGAACUGAAAGGAUCCCCUUUUUGCACCUUUAUUUGUCAUAAAAUUUGUUUUUUUGUUUUACUGUCAUCGUCCAAAUGAAUAAAGUAGCACUGAUUGGGCAUUUAUGCUUUAUGCUUUUUUUUUUUUAAAGCAGCUUAGUUAAAAUUUUGAGUGUUUCUUACCAAUUUCAGACUAUUCAGUCAAGCAACUUUGCUUAAACCUGCUUUCUUUGGGAAGCAAAUCAUCUCACAGUCAUAUUUUGCUGUGGUAUAGGUAUAUAUACAUUUUUUUCAUUUCAUUGUAUUUACAAUAUUAAACAUUGUGACAUAUUCAAAAGUUUAUUACUGAAAUAUGAAUGACGUUAAAUGUUAGUUUUGUUGAGUUGAUGACUUUGUUAACAUGAUAUGACUGAUUAAAUUCACAUGAAAACACUUACGAGUUUGUUUGUAGAAUCGUUCUAGUGUGUGCUCACUGGACUUGGAAACUGUUGAUCUGAUGAUUAGUGUCUGGUUCUAAAGCCUGGAUGAACAUGAAAUCUUGGAAUGCUUUAAAUACUGGAAAAAAAAUAAGGAACGUCUUAUUUUUUUACCUGUUUUAAUCAAAUGUUGUUAAUAAUGUUUUUUUGGGCGUCUUAAUGGAUUUCUUUCUUUUUUUUAAUACCUUACACCUCUUUCCUAAUAAUCUUUAUUUUGAUUAAUUUUGUGAAAGAUCAUGUUUGUUAUUUUCUCUUUUGUUCUUUGUAUUUUUAUUUAAUUAGUCUUGGUCUCCGUUUUGUUACAAUUUCAGGACUUUUUACAGUUUCAGAUGCAGCCUUUGGUGGUACACUGUAAAAAUCCAUUUUGGAGGGUAUUAAGUAUUAGCCAAUAAAAUGAUUUAAAUCUUAA